UAUACAAUUGUAGCUUUAAGUAUUAGUCACUAUUUGCUCAAAUUAGUUUAAAUAACAAGAUUUUGUGAGUGUCUAUUGUAAUUUAUGUGCAGUUUCAUAAAACAAUCAACUAAAAUGCAAAUUGAUAUUUCAUAAGUUAUGACUUCAUCAACUGAUGAAUUAAAUAAAUUGGAUUCUGCCUUGUGCAUAACUUCUGAAGACGACCAAAUUGAUUUACAAGAAUUUUUAGAUUUUUUAAUAUUAGCUUAUCGAAUAAAUGACGUUCUAACUACAGAUAAAGAUAACAUAAAACAUGACACCCAUAUAAAUUGGACUGAAAUAUCUCGUAAUAAUUUAUUCUCACGACUAUUAAGUAAAAAAUACGACACAGUAGAGGAAGAAGGAAAAAUAAUAAUGCAGAGUACAAGUAUUGAACGAAUACAAUAUAUUCUCAAACACAAAUUAAAAGAAAUUAUGAAUGAGGGUAUACUAGAUUCGGUACUUCCAUUUAUAGUAAAAAAAACAUUAACCACAAAUGCUUUAAAGACGUUUGAAUCCUUUGGAUCCAAAACAAGUAAUUCUUUAAGUAAAGACAAAUUGUGUUUAAAACAAAAAUGUAAUGCGACGGAAAACUUAUCAAGAUCAAAAGGAGAUACUGAGAUUGAAAUUAACGUAUGUGAUGCAGUUCAAAAAUUAAAAAAAGUUUUUCGAUGUCCUAAACGCCUACUUAUUUCUAAAAUGGGAUAUUUUUCUGAAGUUACCAAAGGACAACGACUAGAAGAUAUCGAUAUAUCAGUACAUUGUGAAAUACCAAUAUUUGAUUGGUUAAUAAAAUGGGUUAAGAAGGAUUUGAAACCAAAAAAUGAGUGGCCGUCUUUAGAUAAUGGAAAUGUAGUACCAAUUUUAGUAUCUGCGUCAUUUCUUCAAAUGGAACCUUUAUUUCUAGAAUGUUUACUAUUUUGUAAAAAUAAUAUAAAUGAUGUGUUAUCUUCUUCAGCAAGUUUUGGAUGUGUCAAUGAUGGAGUUAUAACAAGAUUAUCAAAUCAGUUCAAUAACUGUGAUGUGGAAAAUAUGGUAGAUGUUAAGGAUAAAUUAAAAUCACGUUUGUUCACGAAAUUAAUUUGGGAUUUGUGCAAACGAAAUCCAAAACAAGAAUCAGGACACUACAGUACAUUAGCUUAUGCAUACUAUUGCUGUCGUUGUAAUACAAUUUUGGUUCCAAGUGUGGCGGGUAGAAUACCGUGCAAGCCACCAACUUUUAAAGUCGCUCAUAAUGGAAAUGUGAUUGCUUGUCAUUUUAGAGAUCCAAAGUGGACAUUAAAUGAUCAUGUGAAAUCAAUGUUUUCAAAAUAUAAGUGUUGGCGAAUAGUAUAUUGGUCUUUGUGGUCAGAAUGUCAUUUUAUGCGUUGUUCACGUUGUCAACAAAUGUAUCCGGUUAAAAAUCAAAGGUGGUGUCAAUUUCACACACAGUUGCCACAGUAUUAUCCAGUUGAAAACAAUCGAUAUCUUUUUUAUCCAAUAGGGCGGUAUCCGUGUUGCAACGAGAGGACUUUUAAAUAUGAGCCAAUCAAAAAUCCAUUUGGCUGCCGCUAUCGAGAGCAUAUUCCGAUACUUGAACAUACAGCAGAAAUAGAAACAUAUAAAAUUAUGCAAAUGUUCCCAUCAUUAACCAUUAAUGAUCCACCGAUGUUUUUUUCGAAUGGUUUUUCAAAACUUAUAGAUCCCCAUGGCGAUGUAAAGGGUAAUAGUGAUCAAAAUAUGGCUUGGGCUGUUGAAUCUCAUCGUUUUACUCCUUUUAUAGUUUCAAGUGAAGGAACAUGCAAAAAAUCUCAGUUUUGGUGGGAUAAUGUAGUAAUGGGUACAUCAUCAAAUAAAAAACCAUUGUUAACAGAAUUGUGGGACAAACCUUUCGCUAGAGUAUCUGUGUCGCCGAGUAUAAGUAAUAAUAUUUAUGAAUCGACUGAGGUUCCACUAAAUGAAACCCAUUCAUCAUUUGGAUCUUCGUUUGAAGAAGUUGAGGAUUCAUUAUCAAGUUUCAGUGACAGUGAUUCAAAUCAUUCAGAAAAAACAACUUAUAAUAAUAAACAACAAAAGAUUAAACGGACUUCAAAAGCUAUUAGAAAAUUAAAACAAAGAUAUAGAUAUUCUGGUACUUAUCAAUGGUCAUUGACAGCACCCAUGCGUUGUAACCAGGAUAAUCAGAGAGAAUAUGAAGAACGGUGUUUUAGACAAAUUGCUCAUCAUUUGUUACAUCAAAAUAAUAAUUCAAACGCAGAAUGUAGUCGAAUGUUAACCACAAACAACCCUAUUGAUCUUUGUCAAAGAUCUGGUGGUUAUUUUUCAAAGCUCGAAUCAGAACUUCUGUCAAAAAUUGAUCCAAAGAAUGUUCAACGAUCAUGUACUGUGGAUACUAAAGGACAAACAAAAAUUAAACUAAAGAAAACUCCUAAGCCUAGCUCUUAACUUCAAAAAUUAAAAUUAUUAAAAGUAAUUGUAAAAAUAAUUUUAGACUUAAUGUACGUGUUAUCAGUUCAUGGAAAAAAAAACAAUUAGGUAAA